CUAUGCUGGUAACAAACACCAUGACAGCCCUCGUACUGAUGCCUUUACUCUUUAUUGGCAUGGACACUGCAGGAGCUGCUGUGAGACCUGUGAUUUCCUUCUCUCCAAACUGGAACCCAAUAUUCUCAGGAGAGUCUGUAACUCUGACCUGUAAUGUGACUCCUACUGCCCAAGGGAACCUGGAAUAUUCCUGGUACAGGGGUGAACACUGGAUAUCUGGGGAUCAGGAUCGUGUCAUUCAGGCUGCUAGUUGGUCAGACAGAGGGAAUUACCAGUGUCAGGCUGGUGCCAAUGAGAGAAGUGAAUAUUUUAGACUGGAUGUGAGUUAUGAUUAUCCGCUCAUCCUGCAGGUGCCCCCUACUGUUUAUGAAGGGGAUUUAUAUGAAGGGGACUCCCUGUCUCUCAGGUGUCACAGUCGGUCUGGAUUUUUUACAAGGAAUCAAGUAUUUUACAGGGACAAUAAGAUCAUUGAGUCUCCAGUCAGUGAGUCUGUGUUACACAUAGGACCAGUGAAUAUUACUGCAUCUGGUACAUACAAGUGUCAAAAAGAAAUAUGUUAUAACUGCUACAGAACUUUAUCUCUUUACACAUCCUAUCGUACCAUCUCAGUCUCAGAGCUGUUCAAUACCCCACAAGUAAGUGUGAACCAAUAUCCUUGGAGAGAGGGAGAUCCCAUGACCUUAACAUGUGACACAAAGCUCAGCCCACGCAGAGCGACUACAGAGCUACAGUUUGCUUUCUACAGAAAUGGGCACAAUGUGCAGAGAUUCCGUUCAUCCAACCAAUAUGGAGUCCCCUCAGCUCAGCUGGAGGAUUCUGGGAAUUAUACUUGUGAGGUACAAACUCCAACCGGCAGUGUGAGGAAGAGGAGCAAUGUUGAGACUGUUGAGAUACAGGAACUCUUCAGUUCUCCACAAAUAAAAGUGAAUCCAGAUCAGGUGACAGAAGGAGAUCACAUGACCAUAACAUGUGACACAAAGCUCAGCCCACACAGAGAGACUACAGAGCUGCAGUUUGUUUUCUACAGAAAUGGGCACAAUGUGCAGGGAUUCAAUUCAUCCAACCAAUAUGGAGUCCCCUCAGCUCAGCUGAAGGAUUCUGGGAAUUAUGCCUGUGAGGUACAAACUCCAUCCGGCAGUGUGAGGAAGACGAGCAACGUGAUACAUAUCCACAUACAGGAAUUCUUCUCUCGGCCCCAAAUUAAACAUUUCCCAGAUCCAGUCACACCAGGAGAAAACAUGACCAUAACAUGUGACACAAAGCUCAGCCCACACAGAGAGACUACAGAGCUACAGUUUGUUUUCUACAGAAAUGGGCACAAUGUGCAGGGAUUCAGUUCAUUCAAUCAAUAUGGAGUCCCCUCAGCUCAGCUGGAGCAUUCUGGGAAUUAUACCUGUGAGGUACAAACUCCAACCGGCAGUGUGAGGAAGAGGAGUAAUGUGAUACAUAUCCAGAUAUUGGACAGAAGUGGGACAUUCAUGAUCCUAGUACUUGCUCUGGUGCUACUAGUGGUAUUUCUUAUCACUGCUGCUGUCCUUGUGUUCCUAUUCCGACACAAACUUGCUUUGUUACUGUUCGGCCAAUGUCAACGUCCAAAAACAGACAGUGAAUUAAAUAAACCACAUAAUAGAAUGACCCAGAGAGGAACCAAUGAAGAUGAGGUAAUGCCUUACCAGGAUCCAUCCAAGUUUAGCAUGGUUGACUCAAGUCCUCCAGAGGCCAAUGAAGUCUUAUAUACUGGGAUCUGCCAUACUCCGAAAGUUUCUCUUAUAAAGAAUACCCAAAAUGAUACACUGUGUGUCACCUAUGCUGUGAUUCAGAGGGACAACAACGUAAAUAAUCACGAGAGACAACCCAACUCAGAAGUAGACAGCGCUUUCUCUAUUUAUCAGAACUUUGGCACCAAGUAGCUCCAUGAAAUACUGACCAUGUGAAAUCUGAAAUGUAAGUUUAGUCUGAGAAGCCAACAGACAUGGGAACUUGCAACGAAAUUAUCCAAUUUUUUAAUGCUAAACCUAAACAUUUUUGAAUAAGGCCUUUUGGGCACAUGAUGUCAAGCUGGAAGGGUUUACUAUAAGAGACUGAUGUACUCAGAUUGCAAAUAUUUUUAUAUCUUAUUUUAGCUUUUGAGAUUAGUUGUAACAACGUGUAAGACAAAAAUGUAAAAAAUUACCUCACACUCAGAACUAUUAAGAAUAGAAUGUCAGGGUUAGAAUCUCAAUCCUUUUGCUUCUCUAAAAGAUUCUUUUAGAGAAGCAAAAAUGUCAAGAUUAUCAGGAACAGGAAGAAUUGUACCAAGACUAGUGAUGGGCGAAUUUAUUCGCCAGGCGUGAAUUCGCAGCGAAUUUGCGCGA